AUUUGUGCUUUAAAAGUUUACCAGAACUUAUCAGAUGAGUUUUUAUGAGUCAGUGAAGGUUGACUGACUGUCUCCGAUUCUUGUCCUUUCAUUGCAGCAAAGAAGAUGGCUUCAUUAUGGCAAAGUGUCCAGUAUGCUCAGCAGAGGAUAGUGGACAAUGGAGACAAGAGGACAGACCCCUGGCUGCUGGUCUACUCUCCUGUCUCCGUGUCGCUCAUCUUGCUGCUUUACCUGUUUGUGACCUGGGCCGGUCCUCGUCUCAUGAAACACAGACAACCUUUGGACCUCAAAGUGGUUCUUAUUCUUUACAAUUUCACCAUGGUUCUUCUGUCUGCAUACAUGUUCUACGAGUUUCUGGUCACGUCCUGGCUCUCAAACUACAGCCUCCUCUGCCAGCCUGUAGAUUACAGCACCAGUCCGCUGGCGAUGAGGAUGGCCAGGGUCUGCUGGUGGUUUUUCUUCUCUAAGAUCAUCGAGCUCAGCGACACGCUCUUCUUCAUCUUGAGGAAAAAGAACAGCCAGCUGACUUUCCUUCAUGUUUACCAUCACAGCACCAUGAUCCUGCAGUGCUGGGCGGGAGUCAAGUAUGUAAUAGGAGGACAGUCAUUCUUCGUCGGCCUGGUGAACUCAUUCGUUCACAUCAUCAUGUACUCCUACUACGGCCUGGCAGCAAUCGGCCCUCACAUGCAGAAGUACCUGUGGUGGAAGCGAUACCUGACCUCUCUGCAGCUGGUGCAGUUCCUCCUCUUCCUCCUGCACACGGGCUACAACCUGUUCACGGAGUGCGACUACCCUGACUCGAUGAACGUGGUGGUGUUUGGUUACUGCAUCAGCCUCAUCAUCCUCUUUAGUAAUUUUUACUACCAGAGCUACCUCAACAGCAAGAAGCAGGAAUGAGGAGAUGAAGGCCGUGGUGGCUUGCCCAUAGACGUCCUUUGGGUGCUAGCCUCCCUGACGAGACUGAUGAGAGAAAAGAAUAUUAAAAUUACAACUUAUUCAUAUAUUUAUUAUACAUCUGUCAGUUUUGCUUAAUUAUGUGUGUGUUACGUCCCCGACAUGAGAUGUAAAAUGUGAAGGAUGGGGAUAACAUAAAAACUGGCGGAGGAGUUUAAAAUGGGUUUAUUUGUACAAAAAGGUAUUAAAAACACAAGCAAACAGAUGGCGAGCAUUAUUAAGAUAAUGCUAAACAAAUAUACUCUCAAAAAGGUUAACAUUAAAAGAGCAGUUACCAACAUUAAAAACACCUGGUUAAAACUUAUUAAAUGUUUCACCAAAACAGAAGGUGUUUCUAAAUCCACAAAGUUGAUAAAAGUUCUAAAACAAUUCAUUGACAUAAAACACCUGGUUAAAACUUAUAUUAAAAGUUUUACCGGAACAGAAGGUGUUUUAAAAACGAAGUCAAUAAAAUUGCAACAAACGAAGUUAACCUUAAAAACCAACGAACACAGUCAACACUAGGUGACAUGCACAAAAGAUCCAUGUGGAUCACUCAGAGUUAAAACUACCAAAGUUAAAACUCUUCAACUCAAAGGGGUUGAAAACUAAAUGAGGCCUGGAGAACAGCAAAACCCCUGCACUGCUGCCUCCCAGACUGCUGAAGGCUCAGCCUUUUUAUCCUAGGUGUGGCUCAUCAGGAGGAUUCAGCUCAGCUGUGCUCCUCAGCAGCCUGGAAGAGAGGAGGAGGAGGGGCGGUGUCCAGUCAAUCACCAGAGCUGGGUGAUCCUGGCUGCUUUUUCCCCUCUUCAGGCUGGCAGCCGUGACAGUGUGCCUGUCUUAAUUUAUUUACGCAUCAUCUUCUUCACCAGCUGGCAUUAAACAGUGAAUUUCCAUCAGACUCACUAAUAUCAGUCCUGGGGUGCUGAAAAAGUUGCCCCUAACUUACAGCAAAAUAACCAGUCUCAUUUGAUCGGGAGAAGUGGAGAAUUUAUCUGGUGCUAGGUGGUAGCACGCCUGCUGGAUGAAACAGCUAGCUAGGAUAGAAAGGUGCUGGGUCUUCUCUCCGGCUGUGUCCAACUUCAGAUGUUGCGUGCACAAUGCCGCGAUGAAGACUGUCCAAAUUCAAAGACUGCUCAGAAUGUGGUCUUGAAAUCUGUUCUUUUCCCCGAUUUUGAGAACAGGUAUGGUGUAUAGUCUCCUCACCUCUAUAAAUCCAGAGAUGCACUGCGGGAUAUCACACAGACGGAUAUGAAACCCAGUAGCGUUUUCAUGUUUCUCAGUACCCCAAAUUACUCAUGUCGUGAAGCUAGCUUAAGUUGACGUGAAAUUGGUAAGAGCUUUUAGACGUACAAAAAGGCAAAUAAUACUGUUCCAGCAUAUCAUUGUGUCUCAACCUGACAUACUAAUAUUCCUGCGCUGGCCUUACAUCUGCUGCAGCUCUUCAAACAGUAACAAAACAAGGAAAAGGUUUCAAACAUGUGCGAGCUCCAUUUCUGCUGCUUCUUCUUAGUGCGGUAGCGGCUAGGUGACAGGAGGACAUCUGUCAAAGUAGGGGUGGGACUGUUAUUUAAGGCUAGAACGUGCAA